AUGGCUAAGAACUGUAGAAUUCGGUCGACAGUGGAUGAAAAGGAGCAGAAGCAGCUUCUGAUGGACCUUGAUGUAGUGAUGAGAAGCAGUGACUGCCCGUAUAUUGUUCAGUUUUAUGGCGCGCUCUUCAGAGAGGGUGACUGUUGGAUCUGUAUGGAGCUCAUGUCUACCUCGUUUGAUAAGUUUUACAAAUAUGUAUAUAGUGUAUUAGAUGAUGUUAUUCCAGAAGAAAUCUUAGGCAAAAUCACUUUAGCUACUGUGAAAGCACUAAACCACUUAAAAGAAAACUUGAAAAUCAUUCACAGAGACAUCAAACCUUCCAAUAUUCUUCUGGACAGAAAUGGGAAUAUUAAACUCUGUGACUUUGGCAUUAGCGGACAGCUCGUGGACUCCAUUGCCAAAACGCGGGAUGCAGGGUGCCGGCCCUACAUGGCGCCGGAGAGGAUAGACCCCAGCGCCUCGCGGCAGGGCUACGACGUGCGCUCCGACGUCUGGAGCCUGGGCAUUACCCUGUACGAGCUGGCCACGGGGCGAUUCCCCUACCCCAAGUGGAACAGUGUGUUUGACCAGCUGACACAGGUAGUGAAAGGAGACCCACCACAGCUGAGUAACUCAGAGGAAAGGGAGUUUUCCCCAAGUUUCAUCAACUUCGUCAACUUGUGCCUUACAAAGGACGAGUCCAAAAGGCCAAAGUACAAAGAGCUUCUGAAACAUCCCUUCAUCCUGAUGUAUGAGGAACGCACAGUGGAUGUUGCAUGCUAUGUUUGUAAAAUCCUGGAUCAAAUGCCAGCAACUCCCAGCUCUCCAAUGUACGUGGAUUGAUACUGCUGCUACAUCAAACUCUAGAAAAAGGGCUGAGAGAAAACAAGCUGUAAAGAAUUUUCAUCACAUAUUGCAGUGUUUUUAAUGCUCGCCCAGACACCAUGUGCAAUAAUAUUGGUGUUAUUUCCAUCCUGUCUGUAUACUGUUGUCACAUAUAAAGUGCAUCCCUGUAAUACCUGAUCACACAGUGUUAGUGUUGGUCACAGAGAGACCUCAUCUUGCUCUUUUGUGGACAUAUUCAUGAAAUGUGGAAAUAAGUACAUAUAUUUGUUGACUGUGAUUGGAUAGCACCUAAAAUUCAUUUCUAGACUCAAAACUUUGAGACUCCUCAGCAGCUACUGGAAAGAUUUUUCUCUCAAACUCUUCCGAUUGUUGUUUCAAGUAAUAAUAAAAAACAAACAAACAAAAGUUAGGUGUUGUCUGUCUGAACAUUAAGAGACUUUGCCUGGAGGGAGAAGAACUUGCUUAACCAACGAGAUGCUUUGCCUUCUGGAGCUGGAAAGGCAAAGGAGAAUUUUAUUCUUCACAAAGUGCAAUAGAUUUACUGCUAUGAAAUUCUGUUGCUUUACAGUCGCAGUGUACUUUUCUGGGGACAGUGUGCUCAGCUGAACUUCCUGUUAAAGAGAGAUCAUGUUAAAUAUAGUGAAUAUGUCUUUACCAAAAAUACGUUGCGUUGAAAGAGGCUAACAUUAAACUAUUGAGAUGGGACAUAAUGUAUUCUUCCUCCUUUUACCAAGCCAGCCACUCUUCACUCUUAACUAGGUGUCCUGUAAAUUGUUACCUGGUAAGAUAAGACCUUUGACCUGAAGAAUUAUUAAACUACUUGAUUGAAUUUAA